AUGAACACGCAGCAGGGCCCGAAAGAGGCCGGCCUAUACAGCCCUCUCAAGACCAACCAAGUCCGACUCCUGCGGCUGAAUCCAGACCCCGCCUCAGAUGAAGUGGGCAGUCUAGAAGUAGUGGAAUUGCGCGAUGCUUCUCCAUAUUACGCCGUUAGUCAUAGCUGGACGAGCCAGCACAGCUACCGGGACGUCCUCAUAAACAGCCGAGUCGUCACACUUGGAGCUGAUCUCGCCGCCUGCGUUCACAGGCUCUCGCAACUGGCAGGAAGCAACUCCGAGCUCGACCCUCCCGUCCGUCACAUCUGGAUCGAUAGCAUCUGCAUCGAUCAGUCCAAUCUCGCCGAGCGCGAAUCCCAAGUCUCCCUCAUGGGACAGCUGUAUCGCGGCGCCAUCAGAACGCUUAUCUGGCUCGGUCCCGAGUCGAGCGACUGUUAUGGUGCGUGGGAGCUGCUGGACAGCAUAUACCGCGUCUUUAGGCAGCAGAAUCCUGGAGCCACGGAGCCGAGUGACAUACCAACCUGCAUGUACCGUCCCUCUGCACAUGAAGCCUCCGGUCUGCCGCCGUGGGAAGACUUUCGGUGGUCGCAUCUCAAGAACCUCAUGGCAAGACGGUGGUUUUCUAGGAUCUGGGUCGUUCAGGAGGUCGCCUUGUCGACGCUGGAUCCCAUCUUCCUCCAUGGGGAGCAGUAUUUCCCCUGGAGUCACUUUGGCUGGGCGGCGGCCUGGCUGCGCAAAAAUGGCUACAUGCGUCUCUCUCAAGUGCCCGAGAAGCUACGCAAUAUCGACACCAUGGCUAACCUCCAGCGGGCGCAGACGUUGUGGCCCCUUGACGCACUAGUCUCGAUCACGCAGGUCAAAUUCAACGCCAGCGACCAGAGGGACAAGAUCUACGGACUCAUGGGACUUGCUCGCGAAUGUCAGGAUCUGGCUACUAUACCUCCCGAGUUGAGACCAGACUAUCAAAUUGAUGUGACGGAUGUAUACCUGAGGGUUGGGCGAUAUAUGCUGAAACAGAGUCGGUCACUUGCGUUCUUGAACCGAGGACGCUGUGUCGAUGGCAGCAUUACCAGAAGACAGCGGGAGAUGAGUCUAGAUAUACCUUCGUGGUGCCCCGACUGGAGCGAUUUGAAGAAUCCCAACGAAGGCAUCGCUACAACUCUCUCAUGGGUGCAUGUCGGAGACAAGUCCAGCCCAGCCAGACUCGGUUUCCUUGAACAGUUCUCUGCAGCCUCAGGGCUUGAACUUGAGAUCCGUCACGAAGACGACCCGCGGGUACUCUCACUCAUGGGUAUCAGAGUGUGCACAGUUGAGGUGGCUGUGCCGUUUGGCGUCAAUCCUUCUCGCAAGGUUGAUCCCGAGCAGCCUUUUACAGAACAGAUGAUGCGUAUCUUGUCAGAGGCGCUGAAGACACUCAAGAAGGAUUCCAUACCCACCUGGACGAGACACUUUGUCAGCGCCACUACGGUCAAGCAGCAUUCAUUUGUCGGCCGGGACUGGGAGCAGUCUGUCGCGGACGGCGCGGCCUAUAUCCAUCAUCUGCUCCUAAACGACGUAUCACUUUUGUCCUUGUGCGUAGAGCAGAGCGGGGAUUCGAAUGCUCUUUUCGUACUCCAGGAACUAUCUUCCGGUGGGGCUGCAGACUACUACAAGAGCCUAGUUCACAACUAUGGUUUUGAUAGGGCCUUCUUGGUUACUGCAGACGGAAGGAUGGGCAUUGGUCCAUCGAAUACUCGGCAGGGAGAUGCUGUUGUGGUGCUUGCGGGCGGUGAUGUGCCGUACUGUGUGCGCAAGGAGGGAGACUACUGGCUUUUGGUGGGCGAGUCGUGUGUACAGGGUCUGAUGAAGGGUGAGGCUAUAAAGGCAGUGAACCACGGUUUAUUGGUCAAAGAGAGAAUGCAUUUUAAGUAG